AUGCCUGAUCUUUUGCAAACUAUUUCCCCUUUCUCUAUAUCUGUCAUGGAUUGUGAGGACACCUUUGUCUGGAAAUCGGUGGAAAAUGGAACCCUCACCAUCAAGCAUGCCUAUUCCUUCAUUACAAAUUCGGUUCCUCAAGGUGAGUGGUCUCAGUUUCCUUGGGACAUUGACACUGGUCCAGCUCAUUGUAUGAUUGUUUGGAGGCUUUUACAUAAUCGGUUGCCAACGGAUGACAAUCUUGCAGUGUGUGGUCUUCAAUCUCCCUCUAUAUGCUCCCUUUGCCUUGAAGAUGCUGAAUCCUCCAAGCAUCUUUUCUUUAAUUAUUCCUUUGCUUCUAAAACUUGGACUUGGCUCAGUUGCAAUCUUCAGCUUCCUUUCACUAUCAACAAGUUAGAGGAUUGUAUCAAGAUUUUAAAGGAUUCUUGGAACCCCCAGGCUCUGGCAGUGAUUAAAGCUAGCUUUGCUCACACUAUUAGCCAGAUUUGGCAAACAAGGAAUUUACUCAGAUUUGAAAACAAAAGCAUACAUUGGAAAAGAUGCAUUUCUACCAUCACUGCCCAUGUGAAGCUGACUGGUAAUCUCACUACAAAAAAGGCUAAUGACUCCAUGACUUGUUUUGCCAUGCUUAAAGCCUUUGGUAUCGAGAUUCAUCCUCGUAGGCAGCUUUGCUAUACUGAAAUUCUUUGGUGUCGGCCUCCACCCAUUGGUUGGGUCAAGUGCAAUAUUGAUGGUGCUGCCUCUGGUUCUCCAAUGCUCACUGCUUGUGGUGGCAUUUUUAGGGAUGACAAGGCGGAUCAUUUACUCAGUUUCAGCGCCUUCUUAAGUGGUGGAACUCCUGUUUUUUCAGAGUUUAUGGCAGCCAUCCUUGCUAUUGAGAAAGCUAAGGAAUUGAACUGGAACAAGCUUUGGAUCGAGACCGAUUGUAUGCUUUUAGUGAAGGCUUUCUCGAAUCCUCAAUUAGUGCCUUGGAUCAUCAAAUCUCGUUGGCUUACGUGUUGGGCGUAUACUCUUAACAUGGAAUUCAUGAUCACUCACAUUUGUAGAGGGGCCAAUUUUUGCGCGGAUGUCCUGGCCAAUAUAGGCUUAACCAAUAGAAGCCAUUCUUGGUUUAAUUUUGUUCAUAAUGACAUUAUUUCCGAUUACUUGUUAGACAAGGUGGGUACACCUAGAUUUAGGAUUUGCUCCUAA